UUACUACUGGAAGGCAAUGGAGUGUAUAGAAGACUUCAACACCAUGUUCACAAACUGUUACGUGUACAAUCGGCCAGGAGAUGAUAUUGUUCGGAUGGCUCAAGCUCUUGAGAAGCAUUUCUUGGAGAAGAUGGCAAAGAUGCCCCAAGAGGAGUUUGAGAUCUCUGCUCUGACAUCUAAAGCUCCAGUGAAAGGAGGAAGGAAGACAACAGCAGUGUUAAAGAGGCCACAGUCUCCUGUGUCUGAGGUGGUUUUCCAACAAACAGUGACCGUCAUCCCUCCAGAUGCUCUUCACACAAUUCCUUCUGCUCCCCUGUCUGCACAACUCACAGCCAAAUUGAAAAAUGGUGUGAAAAGAAAAGCAGACACUACUACCCCUUCUGCCUCUUCCAUCUCCAGCUAUGAGUCGUCCUCUUGUGUAACAGAACCAAAAGUCCUUAAGUUAUUCUCCAGGCGAGGCAGCGGCCGACCCAUCAAACCUCCCUGUAAAGACCUUCCUGAGUCACCACCACAACAUCAGGUGGGCAGAAGGACCAAACUCUCAGAGAGACUCAAAUACUGCAAUGCAAUCCUGAAAGAGAUGUUUGCCAAAAAGCAUUCUGCUUAUGCCUGGCCCUUUUAUAAGCCUGUGGAUGCUAAGGCACUGGGCCUUCUUGAUUAUCAUGAAAUCAUUUACCAACCUAUGGAUAUGAGUACCAUCAAAAAAAAGAUGGAAGCUCGUGAGUACACCGAUGCAUUGCAAUUUGCUGCAGAUAUGCGGCUCAUGUUCUCAAACUGCUACAAAUACAAUCCACCCGGCCAUGAGGUAGUGGCCAUGGCAAGAAAACUUCAGGAUGUUUUUGAGUUUCGCUUCUCCAAGAUUCCUGACGAGCCGAGGAAUUCAGCACCAUCCUCUAGUCAGAACAGAGUAAGGAAGGAGAGAGCACACAGUCCGUCCAGCUCUGAGAGCAGUGACAGCGAAUCAUCAUCAUCUCCAUCAGAAAACUCCUCAGACACAGAAGAUCACUAA